AUGAUAUUGCAGACAAGGAAGGUUAAGGAGGCGCUCAAGGUGCUCACCUGGUCAAGGUGGCGCUCAAGGGGCUCAACUGGUCAAGGAGCCGCUCAAGGGGGCUCACUUGGUCAAGGAGGCGCUCAAGGGGGGCUCACUUGGUCAAGGAGGCGCUCAAGGGGCUCACUUGGUCAAGGAGGCGCUCAAGGGGGGCUCACUUGGUCAAGGAGGCGCUCAAGGUGCUCACUUGGUCAAGGAGGCGCUCAAGGUGCUCACUUGGUCAAGGAGACGCUUAAGGGGCUCACUUGGUUAAGGAGGCGUUCAAGGGGCUCAACUGGUCAAGGAGGCGCUCAAGGGGGCUCACUUGGUCAAGGAGGCGCUCAAGGUGCUCAACUGGUCAAGGAGGCGCUCAAGGUGCUCACUUGGUCGAGGAGGCGCUCAAGGGGCUCACUUGGUCAAGGAGGCGCUCAAUGGGCUCACUUGGUCAAGGAGGCGCUCAAGGUGCUCAACUGGUCAAGGAGGCGCUCAAGGGGCUCACUUGGUCAAGGAGGCACUCAAGGGGCUCACCUGGUCAAGGAAGCGCUCAAGGGGCUCACCUGGUCAAGGAAGCGCUCAAGGGGCUCACCUGGUCAAGGAGGCGCUCAAGGUGCUCACCUGGUCAAGGAGGUGCUCAAGGGGCUCACUUGGUCAAGGAGGCGCUCAAGGGGCUCACUUGGUCAAGGAGGCGCUCAAGGUGCUCACUUGGUCAAGGAGGCGCUCAAGGUGCUCACCUGGUCAAGGAGGCGCUCAAGGGGCUCACCUGGUCAAGGAGGCGCUCAAGGGGCUCACCUGGUCAAGGAGGCGCUCAAGGGGCUCACCUGGUCAAGGAGGCGCUCAAGGGGCUCACCUGGUCAAGGAGGCGCUCAAGGGGCUCACCUGGUCAAGGAGGCGCUCAAGGGGCUCACUUGGUCAAGGAGGCGCUCAAGGGGCUCACCUGGUCAAGGAGGCGCUCAAGGGGCUCACUUGGUCAAGGAGGCGCUCAAGGGGCUCACCUGGUCAAGGAGGCGCUCAAGGGGCUCACCUGGUCAAGGAGGCGCUCAAGGGGCUCACCUGGUCAAGGAGGCGCUCAAGGGGCUCACCUGGUCAAGGAGGCGCUCAGGAACAAUCACUAAACCGGAUAUUAAAGUAUACAUCAACAGUCUUGGAUACAUAUGA